UGUGGAUAUUUUAGUUGCGCAUUGCGCCUUCUAUAGUACGGUUUGACUUUGAGAACAUUUUGCGGAGCGACAGAAAUGUUUAUCAACAUACUACGCCUUUGCGUUUUAGUGCUUUUCUGCACAGUGGUCAGAGCUGAAGGUAAUCACGAUGUCCAGCCGACAUUCAAAGCUUGUCCAUUAGAGAUCUCCUGCGGCAAAGUGAACGAAAGCAGCGCCAUCUGUCGUUGGGAUGAGCAAAAUAGCUGCAUAAGAAAAUACCCAUCCAAAUGUCAUAUGGAUGUUGCAGCCUGUAACGAGCGAACAACACUUAGCUUAGUUGUGGGCAUGGUCACAAAUCUGCCCAUGUCAUCAACAAGUCAGCCCAGCAGAGAACUACAGGAGAAACUAUAUCAACAAUGGCCAGGCGUGGAAGACGAACGAUUGGCCGAUGCUGAACUGGAUAAUGCUUAUGAACUGUACAAGCAUAAGACCAGAAAGCCUAAGAUUCUACAAGAUUCGCCGAAUGAUAUUUUGAGCGAGCCUCCAGCCAAACUUAAUUUAUGAAGAUGAAUCACAACUUCAACUACGUUCCAGCACUUACGGGUAUACAGUCAUUAUAGGUUAUGGUAAUAGAUAAGAAUAAAAAAAAAAGACAUAAAUAAAAUCAAAAUUAUGUACAAGCAUUUAUGGGUAAACAAUAUGGUAUUAAA